GCGUUGCGGUUGAAGACGUUUGAGGAGCAACCGCAGGGGGCGCCGGGAAUUGCUCGGGAUGUUUCCAUCAUGGCGGCAUCCAUUUCAGGUUAUACUUUUAGUUCAGUGUGUUAUCACAGCGCCAACAGCAACUCAGACCAUGAGGGCUUCCUAUUAGGAGAUGUAAGGCAAGAAGAGACGGUCAGCAUCAGUGACACACAGAUCAGCACAGCAGAAUUGCUCCAGGUAGUAGAAAUCCAUAACCAUGAUCCCUGUGCACAGUUAUUUAGCUUUUAUGACUACGCAGGCAAACUCAAUGAAGAAAAUCUCAACAGCAUUCUUAAAGAUAGGCGGAAAAACGUCAUUGGUUGGUACCGGUUCCGGAGGAACACGCAGCAACAGAUGUCGUUCAGGGAACAGAUCAUCCACAAACAGCUGACUGAGCUGCUUGGUGUGCCCGACCUCGUCUUCCUUCUUUUCAGCUUCAUCUCCACCGCCAACAGCUCCACGCACGCACUGGAGUAUGUGCUCUUCAGACCGAACCGCAGUAGGUUCAACCAGAGGAUCACCCUCUCAAUCCCAAACCUUGGCAACACAAGCCAGCAGGAAUACAAAGUCUCCUCAGUGCCCAACACCUCACUCAACUACACCCAGGUCAUCAAAGAGCAUGGGGCUGAGUUCUUUGACAAAGAUGGUGUGAUGAAGGAUAUACGAACAAUAUUCCAAGUCUACAGCGCGCUACAAGAUAAAGUGCAGGCUGUGUGUGGGGAGGUAGAACAAAGUGAACGCGUGAAGGAGAAAAUUCAACAGGAUGUGAACAGUCUCAAACAACAAAUUGCUCUCAGGAAACGCAAGACGGCAGAAGAGGAGAGAAGGCUCCUUCAGACCCAAAAUGCAGACUCCCAUCCCACUCCAGAGGAGAAUACAGAACCUUCUGAGGCUUCCCCUCUUUCCAGGAUAACGUUCCACACACCCUCUGCUCCGGAGCGGCCCAGUACCUCACCUAACCCACCGUCUUAUUCUGACCUCUUAUCCCAGGGUGACUCUCUGCUCUCCUCUUCCUCCCCACCUACCAGUGCUGCUCUACUGCCCCGGCCCCAAGCUGUGGGCUCUCCGGGACACCCUACCCCGGGCCCGCUGGGGAUGGGCCUGGGUCUCGGGCUGGGCCUGGGCCUCGGCGCCAGCUCUAAUCCCGUCGCCACUCCAAGCACCCCGUACCUUGGCAACGGUGACGGAUCAAGCUCUGACUCGUUAGACAGACAAGCCGCAGGGCAGGAAGAUGACGAAGACGACGAGGAUGACGACGAGGAGGACGAAGAUGAGGACAGUAGCGAAUAUGAGAACUUAGUGAGCGAAGCCGGGCAUCUGCCAAUGGUCUCUGCCAGCGUUUUAGCACAAGGCCGCCCAGCUGCCCUCAGUCCGGAUGGGGACGCUCGUGGCUCACAGACCACAUAGAAACACGCCACAUGGUGUGUACGGGACACAAAUAAGUGACGCACCUUGAGAGGUGGGCAUCUCAAGCAAUCAAAGAUAGACAAAAACAGACAAAAGAAGUGCCAGUCCUGAAAGUGAAAGGCAUGCACAGGUGGCGUCCCGCUGUGAGUGUUUCUCGUCUUAGUCUGAUCUCCAUUUUAAGGGGAAACUUUGCUAGGCUUUGCAGGCUUAACAGGUGUGUCUCACUGGGGGGGGAAAAGUCGUCUGUUUUCAUUUUUUUCUUUUUGGAAUGGGGUCAGUGUGGGUACUUAAGUGUGGAUGUUUCUGCUCCCUAAAAGACAGGCCCUGCUCCACGCUUUAUAUCUUUUUAUUUUCAUCACCAACUCUGAGCACCUACUCUUGCAUUACCUCUUGCACUAUUUUUUUGCCUUCUUUUAAACAAACCAUCUAAGAAAAGCAACAGGAGAAUAUUCUGCGGCCUUCAAAACAAUUUUAAAAAAAAGUAAGCAAAUGGUUAACUUUUUAUUGUGUCAUUUGAAAAAGAGAUAUAUUAUGUACCUAGAAUUUCUUUAAAGGGCCAGUGUGUAACAUUUAGGCGGAUCUAUCGGCAGAAAUGGAAUAUCCAGUAGUUUCCAGUAGUGUAUAAUCACCUGAAACUAAGAAUCGUUGUGAUUUCGUUAGCUUAAAAUGAGCCCUUCAUAUCUACAUAGGGUCCUCUUAACUGAGUCGCCAUGUGUCUACAGUAGCCCAGAAGAGAAAAACCAAACACUGGCUCUAGAGAGAGCCUUUCAUGUUUUUACGGUACCUGAAGGCCACCGUAGUUCUCCGACACGCUUGGAAAGGGAGGAGUGAGCGGAGGUGUAUUCAGUUGGUUGCAAUCUGCCACCUCACCACUAGAUGUCACUAAAUCCUACACACUGGUCCUUUAACAUGCACAUUUCUCUCAUUUGAUUUUGGACUUAUUCGAUUUUCUUUUCCAUGUUCCAGUCUUAAAUUAAUCAAUCAAUUGCCUAUUUAAAUGAUGAAGAUAGAAUUUCAAACUAAAUUUACUCUGCCACUUCUAUAAUGGGUGCUUUAUAUAUACAUAUAUAUAUUUUGUCAGAUCAAUAGUUAAUCUAAUUUGAUUGACAAGAAUGUCAAUGUCUUGUUCUUCUUGGUUAACACUGAAAUUGUAUGCGCUUUGCUGCACUUAACAAAAAUUUAAGAUUUCUUUAUUAUUGUGCUAUACCAAUGCUGUCAUGUUGUGCCACUCCUCUUCGACCACCCUGAGCCAAACUCAGCUCAGCUUCUGUGUGUUGUACGGGGCUCGCAGGGCAAACACAAUGUACUGUAGCUUUACUAACCAGAUGCUUAAGGUUCCCUUUCUUCUGCUGCUGCAACACAGAGAGUUACCACUAAAAACAAAACUGCAUCUGUCUGUUCUUCUUCAUAGAAAAACCUGGCUGCUACUUCCACUUCACAGUGCUGGUUGUCUCCAAUACUACUGACCGUGAUCAUAUAACCACUUCAUGCUCACUUCUCACUGACUUGUUCUCUAUUAAAGUCCUAAUGGAAGGCUGAUAACCCCCUGUAGUGUGUGAAUUGUAACAUUGAGAAACAGAGAGCAGACGAUCACCUUCCUUUCUUGGCAUAGUUGAUGGCAGACCUUGUGUAUUCUGACCUGGUUGGGUCAGUGUUACGUGUAUGGACCUGGAUAAUGUGAUGCAAACAUCAUGACCAUGCUUCAGUAUACAGUGCCUUCCACUCAGGGCAGUUUCUAUCUGCACACAGAACACAUUCACAGAUCUCUCUUGAGGGGUAAAAUUACAGUAAAACACAGUUGUAUUUGCAAUAAUCGACUUCCAGUUUUUUUUUUUUCUUUUAGUGCUGCAGGUGUGUGCCUCCCUUUCCAUGAUGUGGUGUUUUGUCUACCUGAAACAAUCCUCACUGCUUCCUAAAGCCGUUUUCCCUUUUUACUUUCACUGACUCACGGAUGCAGCUGUGACUUUGCUUGCUUUGUUAUUUGAAACUGGAAUCAUAACUGUAAAGUCAGAGGGAAUAUGCUAAGUUGAUACUUCCUGCAAGACAGAGGUGGUAUGAUGAGCAUGACUGACGACUUUCUUUUUAAAAAGCCCAUAUGAAGACAACUUGAGUAACACGGUGUGGAUUGAUUGGAUGCUGGGUACUUGCAUGAACCGGUCAAUUCUAGAGACACAGUUAAUAUUCAGCAUGGACAGACAUUUGCACAUGGAGGACGUCUUUGAUCAGCAGGUUGCACUCACAAAUGAAGACAUUUUGUGGCGGUAGAAGCUUUGCCUUGUGAAUAAGCUCCACUUUAUUUUCACGGCCUGUUUGUAUGUCAUGUUUUUUGCCUCAUUUCAUUUGCCCUGAUGUGCAAUGCCAAUGCAUCACUUAUUGGGAACUGGCACUCAAAAUGUUACUUCAUAAUCACCCAGAGUAACACAAUCACACAAUGUUAAAAAGAAAUGAUAAAAUCAAUUUGUUAGGAAUAUGGUUUCCUUUGAGUACUGGAAUAGAAUAAGGAAAUAUAUAAUGAAUGUAUAGUAGACAAGGGAGGGGGGUAGCAUUUAAACAGCACUUACUGUAUCAGCUUGUCUCAGUUGAGUGUUGUGGUGGUAUAGAGCAGCCGUUCUCAAUGUUGGGCCUCACUCUUAAUCCUUGCCUCAGUCCGUAGAUGAUUGCUUUUUAAAUCUUUCUUUCUGGCAUCCCCAGGUGUAACCCUGACUUGAUGGCCAGAAUGAAAGCCAGCAGGGCUCUGGGGCUGUAAAGCGUGAGAGGACUAACCUUGUUAGUAUCCUAUACCUUUCAAGUUCCAACAUAGUACAAAUAUACACUCAUGUACUCUUACUGUAAGGGGUGACCCUUCCCCGAGUGGGAUAUUGCAACAUCAACACCUCCCUGAAAGCACAAAGUCCAGUGCACAGCUUCGAACUUCUCAGCUUUUAUCUGGAUGUGUGUACUUGACGAAAAGUAGAUCAAGGACUUGCUUGGACGAGCACAGAGAAUAUGGUUCUUAAAUUGGGGGGAUAAUAAAUGAGACAUGCAUAUGUGA